GCGUUGUUGGCGGAGUGCCUAGCGGAGGAAACGGGAGGGGACCUGACUGACUCUCUCACUCUCACACACACACCUUGUUCUCACUCUCAUUCUCACUCGCCCAUUCAUACCGGGGAGAGGGGCCGUUUGAGUAAAGGACUCGCACUUGUCCAACAUGGCCUAUUAAUAUGCUGCCGUCCUCCCCAUCUGCCUUCAAACCUCUUCUUUUCCUUCCCUCUUCAGCCAAACAAGCCUCAUCAAUCUCAAGCAUCCGCUUUUGACUCAACUUUGACUUCGGUCGUCCAUUCUUUACCAAAGCUCUCUGCUUCAAAACACUCGCUCUCUUAAUCCAACAAAACCAACAACUUCGUUUUCACGAAAAACCCAACCCCCAAUAACUCUAUUCAAAAUGCGUUACGCUGCUGUCGCCCUUGCCGUCGCUGGUGCCGUCAUGGCCACCGCUGACGAGCCCGCCUCCACCGUCUUCUCCACCAAGUACUUCACCAUCACCUCCUGCGCUCCCGAGGUCACCAACUGCCCUGCCCGCAGCACCGUCGUCUCCUCCAGCGUCGUGGCCGUUCCCACCACCCCCGCCGUCUCCGUCACCGAGUCCGGCGUCAAGCCCACCGCCACCGCUCCCGUCGUCGUCGUUCCUCCCCCCUCCGGCGGCAACAGCACCGCUCCCCCCUCCGUCCCCGCGGUCCCCAAGCCCACCACCGAGAGCGGUGCUAAGCCCGUCCCCGUCACCACCGGCGGCGUUGCUCCCUCCGUCUCUGCCCCCGCCACCCUGGCUACCAGCGCCGCUGCCUCCGUCUGCGGUGGAAGCUCCGUCAAGACCAUCUCUACCAGCGUCACCACCGUCAUCCCCACUGUCAUCUACGAGACCGUCCAGAUCCCUUGCCCUACCCCCAGCAAGCCCUCUGCGACCAUCCCUGGUGUCCCUACCGGUGGCAACGGAACUGCUGUUCCCCCCACCAAGACUCCCGUCACUGCCGGUGCCGCUGGUCUGACCGGCUCCGCCAUCCUGGCCGCCGUCGCCGGUGUUGCCGCCUUCGCCUUCGCAUAAAUUCCUUGUUCUUCUGGACAUCUCUUCUGAGGAAAAGCCAACCAAGGCUACGGCAGUUUACGAUCAAAUUUAACGGGUGUUCUCUUUUUUGCUGGGGAGUCUUAAGAGGAAAUGUAAAAAAGAGCCCAUUCUUCUCUUUGUACAUUGUAUCUUAACGGAAUGCAAAAAACAAAUACCAUUUGUACCUAAUCUUCUAAUUGUAUUUGGGGGACGUAUGGGAUGAGCGCAGAUGAAAGUCACCUUGCGAUUGAGACAUCGAGCGCGAGGGACUUUGAUUUGGCUUACUCCCGACGACCUGGCUUUAACGACGAAGUGUUUGGGGAAAACAUAUCUUUACCAAGAGUGAUUAUUCGCAACGUGACAUUGGCUGCUCAGAACGGUUGGCGAGGGUGAUAUUGAAGACGGGGUGAAGUGAUGUUCCUCAAGUGAGGUGACAUCCGCCCUACAGCGACCUUCCCCGGACUUUUUUCAAAACGCCUCACAAUUGGGAAAUUGGACGGCAACUAUCCGCAUUGAUCAUCAUCCUUCCCCG